AUGGCUCGCAUGCUGACCGUGGCCGCCCUGGCCGUGUUCCUCCUGGCCGCGCCCGCCCUUGCGGCCCGUGACCUCAAGCAGCUGGGCGCUGUGACCAACGCCGUGAACGGCCUGCUUGGCACCGUCACAAACACUGUGGCCGGUGUCCCCAUUGCCGGCCCCAUCGUCGCCCCGGUCCUCGGCACUGUCGCCGGCACUGCGGGCGGCCUUGUCAACACCGUUGGCGGCGUCGUCAACACCGCCACAGGCGUUGUUGGCAGCCUCCCGAUCGCCGGCCCCAUCGUCGCCCCCGUCCUCAACACCGUCACCGGCACCGCGGGAGGCCUCCUCGGCACCGUUGGUGGCGUCGUCAACACCGCCACCGGCGUUGUUGGCGGCCUGACCGGCGGCUUGACUGGCGGCCUGCUCGGCGGCCUGCUGGGUUGA